CAGAAUCUAUGCUGUCAAGCUGGGUCUCAAGGAAGUCGAGCCUGUUCGGUUAACAGCCACCCGGGAGCAACACCGAAGAGGUCGGAUACCGACUGUCUUGGAGGUAGACCCGCAAGUUUAUGAUAUAUCUGUGGCUGCUUUCUCGAAGCAACAUAUUUUCUCCAUAAGACAAAAGUUCUUUUGCAUGAUGGAGAUGGGCAACGGACGCCGCAUACAGAAGAACGGGGUUUCCACAGCGCAAGCAAAUGAAGGUAAAUGACAGCCCGUCACUUACUCAGCUAGCAUUUUCCCGUUCUAUCAGUUCGAGGUCAGUUCAACAGUUUUCGUACACUUUUGGAAAAUUCACUUUGGAAAUGUCUGUGCAGUCGCGCACCGGGAAAACAGCUCCGAUCACGCUAUCUAGUAUCUAGUAUACCAGCAAGCCCUUGGAAAAAUUUUGCACACGUACAGUGUGCAAAUUCUGGCUGCGGACACACGUUUCGGAUCCUAUAUAUAUAUAUAUAUAUACAUAUAUUUACCUGAGUAUUGGCAUGGGGAUAGUAAGGCACGCCAACGCUAAUGUGAGUCUGUAACCUAACCUUUAAGUUCAACAUCACGGAACGUGGCAAGCCUAAAGGUAACUCACUUUGAUUAAGUUCUAAAGCACCGUCACAUGCACACAGACAAAGUGGCUCCUGGCAUAUGAUUUAUCUUUUCGAAUACAACACUAUUCCGCCGAGAACUGAAGACUGUGUGACCCCAGGACUGCGUUUUUCUUCUCACUGUAGAGACGUUUGCUGCACUUUAUCGACGAUGUGUCCUAUUGGAAUCCGAGAGUUGAAUCACUGGAACCUCCAGACGCUAACGAAACGUCUACUGUGAAUCCAUUUCUUCGUGUAGAUGCCUUUUUGCACUCGUAUGGCUGUUGAUUCGGCGAAGGGCUAGAAUACGUCUACAGGUGGGCCUCUGGUGCUCUGUUUCCCCUUUGCGUUCAGGACCACCGCUACUUCAAAGCCAGUCCCCAGGGCAGCUCAUGGUAAUGAAGUUUGGUGGCAGCAGCCUGGCGGCUCCGGAGAACAUCCGCCGCGUCGUGGGAAUCAUCGAACAGGAGUUGCCGUGUCGACCGAUCGUCGUGCUCUCUGCCGUUGGAAAAACGACAGACCGUUUGGUGGAAUUCGGAAAAAUGGCACUUGAGGAGCAGCAAGUCAAAAUCUCCGAGCUGCACGACUUUCACGAUAAACUGAUCAAGGGCCUAGGCCUCUGUGAAGAAGACGUUCCAGAAGUCUGGAAAAUCGAAGAAGAAAUUGAUCGACUCCUGACUGGGAUUUCCCUUAUUGGCGACAUUUCGCAUCGCACAGAAGAUCUCCUAAUGAGCUACGGAGAGAGAUUGGCCGUGCGUAUCAUCGCCGCCUACAUGACCAAAGCCCGUGGACUGCCAGCGGUUGCAUUGGACGCGUGGGAUGUGGGCGUGAAAACGUCAACAGGGUCAGGCAGCAGCCAGUCCCUCAGAGGCGUUGCAGAAGUUUUGCCUUCUUCGUACGAAGCCAUUGGCGAAUUCUUUGCUCCGCUAAGCACCUCGUAUUCCUACAUCCCUGUCGUCACGGGCUUCAUUGCCAAGGACAAACAUGGACGUGUCACUACACUCGGCCGAAGCGGCAGCGACUUCACUGCAGCUGUUGUGGGCGCAGCUGUGAGGGCUUCAGAAGUUCAGAUCUGGACAGAUGUCGACGGACUUCUAACUGCCGAUCCCAGGGUAGUCAAGGGUGCUCGCAGCGUGGAAACGAUAAGCUUUGACCAAGCGUCAGAACUCGCUUACUUCGGCGCGAAGGUCAUCCACCCUAAGACGAUGCUUCCCGCCAUGAAACACAACAUUCCUGUUCGCGUCAAAAAUUCAUACAACCCAGGACACCCGGGUACUCGCAUCGUGCAGGCAGUGCCCUCAGCUGGCGUUCCUGCUCAGCCGACGGCGGCGUCUGACGGAGUGACUGCUGUGACUUAUCAGAGAGACAUCACAGUGAUCGAGGUGAACUCGACUCGAAUGCUUGGAGCCCACGGAUUCCUUGCGCGCCUCUUUUCCAUUUGCGACCAACUGGACAUUUCCAUCGACGUCGUUGCGACAUCCGAGGUUUCCGUUUCUCUUUCGCUAGAAAAGAACACAUCGGAAAAUAAAAUCGAAAAACUGCAGGAGUGCCUAUCCUCAUUCUCAACCACGUCCGUUCGAAGAGGAAAGGCUCUCGUCAGCAUUGUGGGGAAUCUGGAACGGUGCAACGAGAUUGUCGCGCGGACCUGCAUUGCUCUCACGAAGAUAGGGGUCACAGUACAGCUCAUCUCGUGCGGCACAUCCAAGGUUAACUUCACAUUCUGCGUGGAGGACGCCGAUGUGUACAGAGUCGUUCAGGCCGUUCAUGACGCCCUGUUUGCUGAGACUCCCACGACUGCUUCUACUCCUUCCCUGGAGUCGCUGACCUUGUGAAGAAGAGACGCGUGACAAUGACGAAGCACACAAAGCAGAACACCCUCUCUCCGUCCAUCUUCUCAAUAGCCUGUGCCUGACCAUCUGCUCUACCAGCGUCGCAGUCACAGGCCUCCACUCUUCCCAGAAAUCUUCUCUUAGGGUCUCCUGAUUUCUGUCUUGGCGAAGAAGCCAAAUGGAGAGAGUAGAGGUGCAGAAAGCAAGUGCUGCGAACCACGGAUGUAGAACGAAUCCACGUCCGGAGUAGGGAGCUGCCGAAGGAAGAAAAUGAUUGUUUUUCAACUGUUUUCUACACAUAUCUUCCGCUGACACGAACAGCGGUUGUUCAACACCGAAAGCGCUUUCCACUGAAAAACCGUGAGAGAAGUAGUUUGGCACGUUCACGGUUGUUCUGCAAGCGUGUGUAACCUGGGCGUCCUUGUUUAUUUUAGAAAAUCAAAGGGGUUUCGUCACUGGUUCAGCCCAAGUGGGCACAGAAAAUACACGCUAAAGAGCUGAAACAACGAAGGCGCAGGUUCGGUCACUAGGGAAAGCAGAAGAUUCGAACGGAUCUGUGUAGCUGCGGGCGUGUACAUAAUUACGAUAAUGUUCUUUUUCUGCGAGCGGGGUUUAUGGAACGUGAUAAAAGUUUUCUGGCCGGUGGGAAAGUGAAGAGAGCGCCUGACUUGGGGUUACUGGCGUUUGUUCGCCUGGCUGUUUAAGAUGUCUUGGUCGGAUGCACCAUGUCGUGGACGUUUGCAACGUCCCGUAUACAGCGAGUGGCAUGACGGUGUUGCAUUUUAGGGGUUUAAGCAGGAGCCACAACCUCGCUAGUCUGAUUCCUGUCGAGUCGCAUAUGCAUCGUAUCAUUUGACUGAUGCAGCGUUUCUGACGCUUGACGCUUGGUUGUGCUGCGGUAUCUCAGUUCUUGGGGGAAGAGGAAAAAACAAGUGGGAGGUGAAUUCUGGCGACAACAUUCUAUCGCAGCAGUGUAUGGCCGAUGGUGCUGAAGUGCCCAUCUGUGUCACGCUAUUUGUUACGCGAAUUUGAUAGUUGAAAGGAGCCCCAAGGGGGCUACGUUUCUGCCCCUUUUGCGUCUGUUGCUCGUUCCUGUUUCCCGCACGUUUUGCCCGACGUAAAGCCACAGAACUGGUUCCGCAAUGAAGAAAAACAGGUAAUGGUUAACUGAGAGAUGUCACUCCGAACACUUUUCCCUC